GAGAGCUUUGGACAGACCUCUGCAGAUUUCAGAAGUGAGUACACCUGUCCUGCCCCCAGUUAUAUCAGCUGAAAGGAGCAUGGUAAAAACUCCUGACCACAAUACUACCAUUAGCUGCUGAGACUCCAGUACGGAGACAGGAGGAUGCUGAACUUGGUGUUGUUCUCCCUUAGCACUGACAGGGUACCCAAGGCCUUCCUGUGGGUCUGGUAGUCCAGCACUUUACUUUCAGUUCCCAAAACUAAAAAGAUAAACAAGAAUUUGAUCUAAAUGUCAGCACAAGUAAGGCAGUGAAGAAGAUGAGGAGGAAAAUAAGCAUGAUUGUGAGAAGCCAUUCUGCAGAAGACGUGGAGUUGCUCGGUAAGAAUAAACACUAAGUGGCCGAGAAGCUUAUUGUUCGCUGACAUCUGAGAAAGUUAGCUGAGAGAAACAGACAGACCGACAGACAGAUGCAAGCCUUUGAUCGCAUCUUGACAAGAACAGCAGAAGAUGAAAUGAUCUGUGGCCCAAGAAGACCCUUUGUGCUGCAAUUAUAAAAUAAAAAUGAAAUAAAGGAGUUACACACACCAGGCCUCUAACUGGUAUUUAUUGACAAACGAUGACAGAAAAAAUCCUGGAAAAGUUUGAUGCCCUGGAGGAGAAAGAAAGGAUACUUGAAGCCAUCAGGGAAAAGAAUACCGAUCGUCACCGCCGACAAAGAAAAAAGCCUUUGAUUACACCCCUGCUGUUUGACCUUCAUGUGCAAUUUGGAGACACAAUUACCCCAUCUGCAUCUAAGAUCAUAAAAAAUAAACCACAUGAUCUUAGGAACCCAAAAAGGUCUGUGUCUUUCAAAUCUAAGCCUAACUCCAGAAGUGAUCUUGAAGAGUCAGAUUUAAGACCACCUAUUCUUGGAACAAUGACAAACUAUGAAGAAAGUAAAUUAAUGGACCACAAAGAAGAAAAUUUAAAAUCAAGACCUGUAUGUCUUCGUUAUCUUCAGGAUAAAGAUGAGACAGAAUACGCCAAUCCCCUGCCUUUUCCACAGCUUUGGUCUAAACACCUGUGUAAAAAAUCAGCGGAGUCUUCAGUCCUAUCUCCCAAACUCACCAAUGAAUCCAAUGCUAGUAAGAAGGAAAACGUCUCCCCUCCAUUUACAGAUCAACAUGAAAGCAGAACUAAGAAGUCCAUGCAUUCUACAGACCACUCAGCAGAUUCUAGUACAAGCAGGGGAAAAUACCCUCCAAAGGGUGUUACAAAAGAAAGUGAGUUAACCAGAAAUGAUGAAGCCAGAAAGCCCCAUCCAGUCAAACAGAGCAUCAUGCUUCCCCUGGACCGUGAGGACCUACUGAAAAAUCCAAAAAUAAAGACAAUUGACCUUCGUCCAGCAGGGACAGUUCAUACUUCCAUGGAACAUUCCCAUGCAAAUCCAAUAAUUUUCUAUGACACUGAAUAUGUACAAAUGCUGUUCCUGACAAAAAGGUUUACCCCCUAUGCUAUGAAAUGUACAGAAAAGAAUAUUGUAUUAGAAAAAAAUUAUGAAGUACUCAAAGCUUUAUUUAGUGAUGAACCAAGUGCUGUUUCUGAACCUAUAGUCCAGCAAAAACAUUUGCAAGUCUUCUCUGCUGAAUAUGCCCAAAAGAGUAGAAAUGAGAAACGAAAGAAGAAACAUGACAGCCUGGUUUCAAAGAAAAUAUCUCCUAACACUUGUUAUAAUUUAUCCCAAACAUUUUCCAGCUUAAGCAAAAAAUUUGUUGGCUACUUUGAUAAAGAUGUUACUCAAGGAAAGAGUUAUAAGGCAAACAGAUUUGAAAGGUUUUCCAAAACAAAGCCACCACCCACACGCAAACUUACUACCUUACCUAUCAAGUAUGACUCCAAGCCUCUGAAAAAUAUAUUUGAAAUACAUAAACUAAACAACAUGACCCCAUUGGAUAACCUGCUAAGCUUGAGAGCAUAAAGAAUCAUUUGCCCAGCAAUAUUUAAAAACGAGAAGAACCAGGUUCCAAGAUCAUAGAAGAAAUUAUUAUCUGAUUCCUGAUGUUCUGAUGGAUGAAGUACUCAGUCCGAAGUGCUCGGUUCAAGAUCAACCAACAUUGUUAGCUAACACUGGGAUAUAAUUAGGAAAUUAUGAACUAGAGGGAUUCAUUCACGAUUUAUCUUUUUGGUUGUGAGCCUACCUUUUCCAGGAUGAGGCAUCUCUCUAGCCUAUUCAUGGCUUAUCUCAAUUAUACUUACCAGACACCCCUGUUGGUUACAGCACAUUCUCAUUUAGUACCAACUAUGGCAUAAAUUGAUGAGAAAGUUGCUGCCAGAAGCCACAAAAUAUCAACAACCUUGUCCUAUGGUUGACUAUCAGUACAGAUACACCAAUAGUUUACUGAAUACGGAGUUAAUGGUAGACCAGCAUUUUAGAUACUCAUGGGGAAAUCGUGUCACAUGAUCAAUGUAAUGUGAUUAAAAAGGCUUCAUAAAACCUGUUA